AGGCUACUCCAGACGGCGGUUACGUUAGAUGGCAGCAGCAUCAGCUGCAGCGGGAGCAUCAGAGAACGUAGGAGUGAAUCAUCGGCGGUCCAUCACCGGAGCCCGGCCACCCUUCCCCUCCGGUCUUCUCCUCCUUAUUCUCUUGGAGAAUUCAGGUGUCGGUGCAGCAUAGCAGUAUUGUCAGUCAAGGCAUUGAAAAAUAUGAGUAACUUUAACGAUCAGCCAUUGCCUCCUGGAGUUCAAUCUUAUACCCGACAACCACAUUUCCCAUCGCCUCCAAUUCCAUCUUCUUCAUAUCCACCACACCAUGUUGGUAAUACCCCGAAUCCUCAGUUUCACUGGUCGAGUACUCAGAGUUUCUACCAGCAUACUGCAGCACCUCAGUACAAUUUUGGUUUGCAUGCUCCUUCACCAAUGGGGCAGAACUCCAACAACUCUCUAAAUGGUGGCAUGCCACAGUAUGGUACUACAGAUCCGGCUGAGGAUGCUUCUCAGUUCGGAAGUGAUCAUUCGGCAAAUCUACAGGGUAAUAUGAGCACUGGGGAGAUCAGUAGUGCUGAUCAGCCGAGAGAACUUGGGUCUUCUCAUCAGCUCAUUGCAAAUAAAGGGCACUCGGCGGAUCCAUUGCCUCCUAGUUCUGACAACCAGCAGCCUCAAGAGCAAAACAUGGAGUAUGGGGAUAUUGAUGCAAACACUGGAGGAAGCUAUCAAUCAUCAUCUUCUGAUCUAAAUACACUACAAAAAGAAUUCAAUAGCGCAUCUGCUGUUGGUGUAUUGCCUUGCUCUGACAGCAAGCCCGUGGCAAUUGCAAGUGACAUUGAACAUGCUGCCCAGGAUGCUGUUCUGCGAGAACAAGAGCUUGCAACUCAAACUGUUAUACGCAAUCAAAGAGAUGCAAGAGUUGCAAGCGGAGCAUCUACGGAUGGUUCAGACAUCUUCUCCGAACGUCACAAUCCUAGUGCUAUAAAAGAGCAUCUGUUAAGGAUGGCAACAGAGCACCGUGCAGAGAUUGCCUCGAAACGUGGGGUUCCUGCUGUUCCUGAUAAAGGAAACAUAGAGAUAGGAAAUGGGUAUGGUGUUCCUGGUGGAGGUGCUUAUUAUACGUCUCAGAGGCCGGAAGAUUCUGAGCAGAAGCCUGCAGCUACGGGGUUGCCAGAGUAUCUUAAGCAAAAGCUGAGAGCUCGGGGUAUACUGAAGGAGAAUGCCUCUGAAGGACAACCUGUGAGAGUUGAACAUAAUGCAGCAAUACAGUCAGCUCAUCAGCCCGAAGCUGGAAGUUUGCCUCCUGGAUGGGUGGAGGCACGAGACCCUGCAACAGGUUCUGCUUAUUAUCACAAUGAAAGUACUGGAAAAAGUCAGUGGGAAAGGCCUCAAGAAAAAGUUCCCAAUAGUCAACCUCCAGCAUCUGCACCACUCCCUGAAAAUUGGAUCGAGGCACUUGAUGAAACGACAGGUCACAAAUAUUACUAUAAUAAAGUGACUCAAGUAUCACAGUGGGAGUAUCCUGGUUCCUCCCAGAAAGUUGCCUCUCGAAAUGAAAAUAGUGGAAGCUUAGAUUCUAGGAAUGAAGCUAAUAGUAACAGUGGUGAACAGUCACCUCAAUUAAACAGGUGCAUGGGAUGCGGUGGUUGGGGCUUAGGUCUUGUGCAGACUUGGGAUUACUGUAAUCACUGUACUCGAGUUCUCAAUCUUCCUGAGAGGCAGUACUUGUCAGCCAAUUUGAAUAACCAGCAGCUUGGCAACACAACUCAAAGCAAGGAAGGUCUCGAGAAAAAGACUCCCAACCAAAGGUCUAGUUCAAAACCUCCGAUGGGACGGGGAAAUCGAAGAGACAGCAGGAAACGUGUUUAUUCUGAAGAUGAUGAGUUGGAUCCGAUGGACCCCAGUUCUUAUUCAGAUGCUCCUCGUGGAGGCUGGGUUGUAGGGCUGAAAGGAGUACAACCACGAGCAGCUGACACCACAGCCACGGGUCCUCUCUUCCAACAACGUCCAUAUCCCUCCCCCGGAGCUGUGCUGCGGAAAAAUGCCGAAAUCGCUUCCCAGAGUAAGAAGCCAAACUUGGGUUCUCGUUACGCUCCUAUAACCAAGAAGGGGGAUGGAAGCGACGGGCUCGGUGAUGCUGACUAAGCUAGCUAUGCUUUUAUACACGCCACGGAAUGCGAGGGUUGUGCAUAUUGGUGAUCUUCGCCAUGCUUACGGGGGUGCCAUUCUCAUCUCAGCCGAGGCUCCAAUCGACCCAUAUUUAUGUGCAAAAACUUUUGUAAAACAAAGCUUGUAAUAUUUAUCUGCUCGAAGCAUGCCAUUGUAUGAUCAGUUCUCUGUCUCUUAAGGUCGAACGAAAAAUGUUCCCUUCCCGAA